UUUUGCAUUUUGUUCAUGUCAUGCAUUUCUUCUCAUGUCAUCAUUUGCAUUGCAUCCAUAUGUUUUCAUAAAACUCGUAACUGAUCGUAGUUGCCCUUUCUUUCUUUGCCUGCGUUGGCAUUUUGUCGGGCCCUUGUCCUUGUUGACCUCCUCGGACCGCUUUGCCUUUGUUGACCUUCUCGCAGACCAUUUGGACCCCUCUCUUUUCUCUUCCUCCGAGACCAACAAAACCCCUUGACCCCGUGGCCUUUCGUCAGACCCCAUUGUCUUUGUUUCCCCCCUCUCAUCUAAAUGCCUACCCUCUCUACACUUUGCUCAGUCCCCCUCUUGUGCGUGUCCGAAACUUACCCGAAUCCGAACCGGUCUGUCGUUACCGUUGGAUCCAGAUCAUCCCCAAACGUCUAUAAAAUAUCUCCGUUUUAUUAUUCGGGCUAUCUAACCUAUUUAUUUGCGACCGCCCGAUUAUAAUCGGAAGGACUAGAUUAGUCCCUACCUAGUCCCCUGCCUAUAUAAUCAGACCAAAUCCCUAAUUUCUAGGGAUCCUCCCGAGCGCCGCCACUCUUCCUGUCUCCUCCUCAUCGGGAUCCUCCCGAUCCAAAAAAAUCCCCUCGCUCCAACGUUCCCGUCCUCCUCCUCCCGCGUGUGCCCGCCUCCUCGUCCCUGUGCCCGCAGGCGCCGAGGCCACUUCCUCUGCUCGAUCCCGGGGGAUCACGAGCAGCUCGUCCUCGUUGCUUCGAUCUCCAGCGAGCACCAGGACCUCCCCGGCCCUCUUUCUCCUGCCUUGGCUCGAAUCUUGCCGCCUGUGACCUCGUUCCUCUCCCUUCCCCGUUUUCUUUCCAUUCCCCUCGUUCCUCUCCCUCACCCCGCAGCCAUGGUGCUUCGCAGGUCCCAUCCAUGGUCGCCCGAUGGAGCUCCGGGUCAAGCCAUGUCGCCGCCACCGUCCUGGAGCUUCUUGCCGCCGGUGCCCGUCUUCAGCGCCCCAAGUCCAGCCGGCGUCUGCUCCUGCAUCGAGCAGGGAGCGAGGAGGAGGAACCCCCAACUCCCGUCGCCGUCUUGUUCUGUACGUCGUCGUCUCCGUCCGGUCCGACGAGGCCCUGUGUCUCCGGCCUCGUCCCCGCCUCUAGGUCGCCGCGCCUCCGCCCGCCGCCAUCUUCUUCCCGGAGCACAUCCGCCGUACCUCGCCUCGUCCGCACCAAGCCUCGACGACCCCUCCUGGACCGAGCCUCCGCCGGCCACCUCCGCCUCGAGCUGCCGGAGAUCGCGCCUGCCGCUUCAAGUCCCCUCUGCGUCCCGCGCCGCCGCUCCUGCUUCAUUCCGACGAGGCUCCGCCCGGAUCCGUUCGCCUCCACGCCGUCCGCAGCCAUCGGCACCUGCAUCCCCUGCUUCGUGAAUGAGGAGACCAGCGCUGCGCCUUCGUUGACCUGUUGCACUGCCAGCGUGGACGAGACCACGUCGCCCGUUUGGGCCAGUUCAGCGCCAAGGCCCAGCCUGCGCCCCGCGGCCUGCCUCCACCUCCUCACCGACUGGGUUUAGCCCAUGUUCCGGUAAUGUUGCGAUUGUGAGGAUUCGUUCGACUACGUCCGCUUGUCUUC